GAGAUCACAAAGAAAAAAAAAGACGCCUUCUGUUAUCUACGCUAUUCAUCAUUUAUAAACUUUUCCACAAAAGAUCAUGAAGACGAAAACCUCACCGCGUUGUUCUGCGACUUUCGUGUACGUAUUUAUCGUUCAAACCGGGACGACCGAGGCGAACAUCGACGGCUCCGAAUCAAAUAUUCAGGGACUCCAUCAAGAUUAAUGGGUCUACGUUUGCUUAUUGGCCGAAACACUUGCGCACGUUGUCGCUCCUGAAAUCGAAGGUUGGGACUCGCAAUUCCGUUCUUCGCUCCACGGUGAUCAAGGAUGCACAGUCCAGAGCCAAAUCGCGAGCCUGCCAUGUCGGAUUCGAACUCGAGGGUUGCUGCUGAUAUGGUUUGCAAUGGUGAUGCUAAAUCGGUUCUAACUGGGGUAGACUAUGCUGAAAUCAUUGUCAUACGUCACGGAGAAACGGACUGGAAUGCUGAUGGAAGAUAUCAGGGAACUCUGGAUGUUGAAUUGAAUGAAAUUGGGAGGCAGCAAGCAACUGCCGUGGGUGAAAGGCUAUCCAGAGAAGGUAAAAUCUCUGCAAUUUACUCAUCUGACCUAAAACGAGCUUUUGAGACGGCAAAUCUGAUUGCAACUGCUUGUGGUGGACUGGAGGUUAUAAAGGAUCCAGGUCUACGAGAAAGAAAUCUUGGGGAUCUUCAAGGCCUUCAGCCACAUGCUGCAGCUAGUGUCUGUCCUGAAGCCUAUAAAGCCCUUCAAUCGCAGAAGACGGAUCAAGAAAUUCCAGGUGGUGGUGAAAGUAUCGAUCAAGUUUAUCAGCGCUGCAAUAUGUGUUUGCGAAACAUCAGUGUGAAGCACAAAGGAGAGCGAAUAGUAGCAGUCACCCAUGGCAGUGUACUCCGAAGGCUUCACGAGCGAGCUUGCCCAAAUAAACAAUCUGUGAAGUUCCUGAAUACUUCCGUCAACAUUUUCCACUUGUCUGAUGGGCACAACUGGGUCUUCGAAUCUGGGGGUGAUGUUAGUCAUCUCAACCAAAUAGGAUAUCUGAGAACAGGGUUUGGUGGGGAUAGAACUUCUAGUUAGAUCAAAUCUCUAGGGUGCUUUUCCUGUACCAAUAAUUAGUUGUGGCGGGACCUACUGAGAAGCAUGAUUUAGUCCUUAUUGUCUUGAAAGCAUAAUUUCAUUCUUGGUUUGUACAUUAUGCGAUUCGUCCAAUUGAAGUCCUUGAAUCCUCAAUUUGCAAUA